CUCUCUCUCCCUCCCGUUCCACACUACAUUCGCCGUCCGUUAGAAUCUUCGAAUUUACCAAUUCCGCCACUCACUCCUCCUCGAUCACUAUCGUGAAAUGGAGCUGAAGCCGGAGGUUCAAUCUGGAGAGGAAUUUGUCCACAUCGAUGACCCAAAACCUUCCAGAGAUUUUUUGUUAAGCGAAAGCAUAGUGAAUGUGGAGAAGGAGGAGCUUCUCAGGGAGGAAGUAGAUAGCAACGCUAGUUCAGUGAUUACUGGUGACGAUUCGAUCGGUGAAAGUGGUGAUGAUGAUAUCUGUGGUGUAGCGGAUUAUGUUGAGUGUGCGUUUGAGACGAGGACGGAGAAGUUGGAGCUGCCUGAGGAAUUUGCGAAAAGCGUUAUGGUUCUAACGUGUGAGUCCACAGUUGAAGGUGGAUCUUGUGAUGUUUACUUGGUUGGCACUGCUCAUGUAUCACAGGAAUCAUGUCGAGAAGUUGAAACUGUAAUCAGAUCCUUGAAACCGCAGGCUGUCUUUGUGGAGUUGUGUACAAGUCGAUUGUCUAUUCUCACACCUCAGACUCUGAAGGUUUCUUCUACAUAAUUCUUAAAACAUGUCCAAUUCAGUUUAUUUCUUAGCAUGUGGAAGAAGAACCACAAUCUAUUUGAAAUACUUCACGGAUAUAUUCUUGCAAAGGCCGCCAAGAAGCUUGAGGUUUUUCCUGGUGCUGAAUUUCGUGUGGCAUUUGAAGAGGCAAACAAAUAUGGUGGUGCAGUGUUUCCUGGCGAUCGUCCAGUACAGAUCACGCUACAGAGAACAUGGGGUAAAAUGCCUCUAUGGCACAAAAUAAAACUAGUGUACAGCAUAGUGUCUCAAGCUGUCUUUCUGCCGAAGCCCAAGGAACUUGAGAAGAUGCUGAAAGACAUGAGCGAUGCUGAUAUGCUGACAAUGAUGAUUCAAGAAAUGAGCAAGGAAUUUCCAUCUCUCAUGGAGACACUUGUGCAUGAGCGAGAUAAGUACAUGGCAUAUCUAUUGUUGAGACUUGCAAGUGAGCAUAGUUCAGUCGUGGCAGUUGUCGGUAGAGGGCAUCUUCAAGGGAUCAAGAAGAAUUGGAACCAACCUAUAAACAUAAAGGAACUAUUGGAGUUACCGACAAAUGAAUCGAUUUUUACUGUAAAGAAUAUUCUGAAAUAUCUGGUGGUUGUAGUCGCCGGGACAGCCAUAGUUUCCGGCAUGUAUCUUGCUAAGUAAAUUAAUCUCAAGGUGGAGUGAGUUUCUCAUGAGGAGAAUAAAGCGUAGGCGAUAUAACAGAUGAUGACAUAAACUUCAAUAACCGUUACAAACUUAUGCUGUCAUGAUCUUAUUUAUUUUUGGUUUUAGGAUGAAUAAUUUCGUAAGAACUAUUAUGUUUCAACUCAACUACUAAUUCCAUUUUUUUUUAAAAACCA